UUAGGUUGCGCGAAGGCUGCAGUUUCAGUUUGUUUUAUUCACCAUUUUGAGUAGCUGAAGGUAAAAUUUAAACUAAAUACUUUCGUAGAGCAGGAAUAUUUCCCGCAUCGUUUAAUUUUUUACCGCAGGGAGAGUGCGUUGGUUUUGCGACGUCACCCUCGUGUGUUUUAAAAUACCACAUUUUGUUUGCAGUUUCUUUUGCUCGUUCACAAUUUUAACCUCUACAGUAUUCCUGCAAAAUGGCAAGACCAGUGAGGAACAGAAAGGUGGUGAAUUACUCCCAGUUUAACGAAUCUGAUGACGCAGAUGAGGACUAUGGGAGAGAAAAGGAAACAACCAAGAAGAUACGUGCUCCACCUCGCGAAAUCAAGCACAAGAAAUCUAAGAAUUCGCAGGAAGAGAGCGAGGAUUCCGAAGAAAAACUCUCCAAAUCCAAAAAUGAUUCUGCAGAUGACUUCGGUAGCGAUGAAGACAACGACUUUGGAGAGGAAGAGGGAGACGAAGAUGGAGGAAGUGACUAUGAUGAUAAAAAGGCCAAGAAGGGAAAGAAAGGAAAGGUGGAGAAGCCAGGCAAAAAGUCACUGAAGAGGAAACGAGGUGGAGAUGAUAGUGAUGAUGAUAAAGAGGUGAGCAGGAAACCGAGGCAGGUGAGGCAGGCUGCGUCAAAGGCCGUGUCCAAACAGAGAGAAAUCCUUCUGGGAGACGGAGGCAGUGAGGAUGAGGACAAAGAUGAGGAAAAACAACCAUACCUGGACCAAGAGUCAGGCAGUGAUGAAGACUUCAUGGUUGAUGAUGAUGAUGACAGCGACUAUGGGCGCUCCAAAAAGAAAGGCAAAAAAGUAGUGCAGAGAGGAGGAAGGAGAGUGGAGAAGAAGGACAAGAAGUCCCCUAAACCCCGGCUAAAGGCCACAGUGAACCCUAGCCCCUUGAAAGGCAAAGGGAAAGGUCGCCCGAGUGCAGCUAAAGCAGUGGAGAAAUCCUCGCCCAAAGACGACGAGGAACCCGAGAGCCCCCUUGAAGACGAGGAGGAAGAAGAGGUGGAGAAGAAAGAGUCUCCUCCAUCCAAAAAGACAAAGGAUGACGCCCCUGAAGACGAGGACGAAGACGAGGAAGAGGACGGCUCAGAAGAGGAGGCUCCAUCUGGGGAAGACUAGCCAUGUUAUUCACGUCGUCCCUUUCUUCUAUUUCCCUUUACACGCUUUCCUUUUUUGCUUUUUUAGUUUUUUUUGGGUUUGUUUGCUUUUCAGAUUUGUUUCAGUGUCUAUUGUGGCCUGGCUCAACGGUUUGAACUUUUAUUUUAUUUUCGUUUACCUAUAAUUUCCAUAUCGCAAAAGGACGUUUUCCCAGAAAUUGCGAGCAUAUAUAUCUAUAUAUAUUAUUCAGUAAAAUGUGUCUGCAUCUGUUUAUUUAUGGGUAUAUAAUCUCGAGGGAAGCCCAUCGUUCCAACCAGUAGCUUCGCUGCUCGCCCGGGGUAAUCACAAAAAAAAAAAAGCUUUUGCGCUCGUUCAUUUCAGUAACAUGUAUAAAGCUUAACAUCCACUCUGCAUUGUUGCGACCGAUGGUCUUCAUUCAUGAAAUUAAUUGCUGUGUAAAAUGCUCGUAAAACCAUUCUUGCGUAAAUUAUUGCGACUAAGGGCCUCACUCAUGCAGCGCAAAAAAAAAGUGUAAACGCAAUUGUCUACAAACUGUUAGUCAAUUCACUGCAGUUUGCACAAGAUUGUGCUUGUGUUUAACAAACGAGGCCCAAAUUGUUGCGUUCGGUUUUGCUCACAACACCGUAUUUGCUGAAAUGACCACAAAAUACAGCAAGUUACCUAUGAAUAGUUUUGCAACAGUGUUUCCUGAAUGAGAUCCGAUGCGUUUGUUGUCGCAGUCCGUAAUAGUUCACAGCGUUUGUUUUGGUCGUGCUUAUCCCAGGAUUCGUUUUGUAUUUAUUCAACAUGCGCUUUCAGCUCUUUACAUGCGGAUCAUCAGCUGAAGAUGGACAAACUGACAACUAAUGCUCAUGUUUUGAGAAUUUCUUUCAUCGUGGUACACACUUUAUCCAGGGUUUGCUGUUCAGUUUGUGGUUUUACCUUUUAAAUAAACGGUCUCGAUUUGUGUAGUUUGAACCAUAAUGCAGUUAGCGUUUUAAUAGAAUAUUCUGGGUUAGAAAUGGGCCAAAUUCUGUUUAUGAAAUCUGCAGAAUUACCACAGAAAAUAAUUUGGAUUCCUAACUCGGUUUGUUGUGCAUCUACAAUGGCACCUACCAUUUGUAAGUGCGUUUCUGUUUUUUAGCAAACUGAGAUAUGAGAAUAUUUUCUGUGAUGAUCCGUUCUGCAGAUGCCAUCCAUUGAGCUUAACUCAUUUUGGACCUGGAAUAUGUUCAUUUCUCUGUGAUCUUUGUAAUGUGCAUUU